GUAUACCCAGUACACACAGGGUUACUCCCUCUCUGUGUCUGUGUGUGUGUACACAGGCGCUAAGAUGGCGGACGGGGAGCUGAAUGUGGACAGCCUGAUCGCCCGCCUGCUGGAGGUGCGAGGAUGUCGCCCUGGAAAGAUUGUACAGAUGACGGAGGCCGAAGUGCGGGGCCUGUGUAUAAAGUCACGGGAAAUCUUCCUCAGCCAACCUAUUCUCCUGGAGUUGGAAGCACCCUUGAAGAUCUGUGGUGACAUUCAUGGACAAUACACUGAUCUCCUGAGGUUGUUCGAAUAUGGAGGCUUUCCGCCGGAAGCAAACUACUUGUUCUUGGGCGAUUACGUAGAUCGAGGGAAGCAGUCCCUAGAGACCAUUUGCCUCCUCCUCGCAUACAAGAUUAAAUACCCAGAGAACUUCUUUCUCUUGCGGGGAAACCACGAGUGUGCCAGCAUCAACCGCAUCUAUGGCUUCUACGAUGAGUGUGAGUAUCCAGCUGCUGCAACUCAACUUGCUGUGCAGAACAUGAGCAGCACCUUUAACCUGGACAGCGCAAUGUGUAGACACGCGAGGCCAAGCACAGGCUCCUCCGCUCAGUCUGGCUAAACCUGCCUGAUCUCC